ACUGACGUCUCACCUUCUCUGCUUCUUUCCUUCAAGCAGGAGAGAGAGAAAUUAAUAAAGAAUUGUUGCAAGCGGGGAGAGAGAGAGGAGAGAGGAGAGAGGAGAGAGAGAGACUUUGAGAGACAGAGGAGAAAAGGGGGUUUACUGUGUGUUUGAGGAGAGAGAGACAGAGAUUUUUGUUGUUGGUGGUGGUGUGUGGAGGAGAGGUGGGUGGCAAUGAAAGGAGAAGGAAAGAUGGUGUUCAAGUCUAAGCUGAAGUGGGUUGGACUGGUUGGGCUUGUUCUCUCUGCAUUCUCAAUCUUCACCCAUUUUUUAUUAGCUAGAUACACAGAGCAGGGUAUUUCAGAGUUCCAGGCUUCAAUCACAAUCUUCUCUUGGAGACCCCUCUUUGAGAAUGCAGAUCUUUCUACAAAUAGUCCAUUAUAUAGAAGACUAUGGGGUCCAGGUAGGCAGCUCGAAUAUAUAUAUCCACAUGCAAAUCCCAGAGGAAACUAUAAUGCAGCUCCUGUUGUGCAAGCAAAUGGCUUUGUUUUUGUAAGGAUAAGAGGAGGCUUUCAUGAAAUCAGAAACUCGAUAUGUGACGUUGUUGUGAUUUCCCGGCUUCUCAAUGCUACAUUGGUCAUUCCUGAGAUCCAAUCAACCACAAGCAGCAAAGGAAUCAGCUCUGAGUUCAAGAGUUUUGCCUAUCUCUAUGACGAGGAUCAAUUCAUUGCAGCAUUAGCAAAAGAUGUCACAAUUGUAAAAACUCUUCCAAAGAACCUCAAAGGGGCAAGAAGAAAGAAAGAAAUUCCUAUGUUUAGAGUGCCUUACUCAGCUUCUCCAUAUUUUUAUCUGCGCCAUGUUCUUCCAGUAUUAAACAAGCACUCGGUGGUUGAAUUAGUAAUUUCUGAUGGUGGAUGUUUGCAGGCUAUUCUUCCCCACCAUCUUGAAGAGUACCAAAGGCUGAGAUGUAGGGUUUCUUUUCACGCCUUAAGGUUCCGACAGGAGGUCCAAGAACUUGCUACUAAGAUAUUAAAUAGGUUAAGAGCUCCCGGACGGCCAUUUAUAGCCUACUACCCAGGGAUGACUAGAGACGCUUUAGCAUAUUAUGGCUGUGCUGAGCUUUUCCAGGAUGUACAUACUGAACUCAUUCAGCACAGACGGUCAUGGAUGAUAAAACGCGGGAUUGUCAAGGGGAAACUUUCUGUGAAUUCAGCUGAGCAACGCCUUAAUGGUUCCUGUCCACUUAUGCCAGAAGAGGUUGGCAUUCUUCUUCGUGCUUACGGUUACUCCUGGGACACAAUCAUUUAUGUCUCUGGGGGAGAAAUUUUUGGCGGUCAAAAGAAGUUAAUUCCACUUCAUGGUAUGUUUGAAAAUGUUGUGGACAGGACAUCCCUAAGCACGGCGUGGGAACUCAGUGGAAUAUAUGGUCACGAGGCUAACCUUGUUGACAAAUAUCCAAGGACUCGAUCUUUUGUCAAGGAAGAAACCAGACUUGAAGCGUGGAAAACUUCAGGUCCGCGUCCUCGCCCUCUUCCACCACCACCAGCACGACCCAAGUACCCAUAUAAUAUUGAAGGUUGGUGGGGUUGGGUAGCUGAGAGCGAUAAUGAGCCGGAGAGUACUGUUAUGGAGUUGAGAAUGACUGCUCAUAAACUAUUAUGGGAAGCAAUUGACUACACAAUAUGUGUUGAAGCUGAUGUGUUCGUUCCUGGAUUUGAUCGCGAUGGUAAGGGCCGUCCAAAUUUUGCAAGCUUGGUUAUGGGGCACAGGCUUUAUCAGUCGGCUGCAUCAAAAACAUACAGGCUAGACAGGAGAGAAGUUGUGAAACUUUUGGAAGAGAUCCGUGACCACUUGUAUCAAGCCAACCACACGUGGAUAACAUCAGUACGCAAACAUUUGAGAAAAACCUUGCUAGAGGGACUAAAAGAUGAAUCCACAAGUUCAAAGCCACUGUCUUUUCUCUCUCAUCCACUCCCAGAGUGUUCUUGCUUGAGGUAUGGGACUACUGAAACAUCAUUCCAGGCUUCGAGUCCUUCAACUCAAUUGCAAGUUGAGGCUGCUCUUGGAGUUACCCAUCGUUGCCCUGCUUGGAUGGAUGGUGAUUCAAUCUCACAAUCAAGAGAAAAAGAAACGGAAGAGGAUCUUGACGAGGAUGAUUCCACAUCAUCUGGAUUGUUCUUUUGGCAUAGUGUUGGAAAUCAUGGAGGCGGAGAAGUAAACAACAAAGAAGAAACUCAAAUGGAGGAUCAAGAAGAAUUAGAGGGCGCAGAUAGAUGAUGAUUUUGCUUGUAUUGGUGAUUUGCAUAUCUCGUUACUUGAUUUUCUGAUGUGAAGAGAAGUUAGAAAAUGUUCUAGGAGACCGGGAUUUAGUUUUGAACUGUGGUUCAACAACUCUCGGUUAAUCUGGCCCUUAAUUUUUGCCCAAGUGGAUCAGAUUAUCGGUUUUUUGUGUAAUGGAAUAUAUGGGGAGCUUAGUUCCAAUGAAGAGAGGUGAGGUAAUGAGCUUGGUA